CAUUGUGUUGGUCGUUGAGGGGGACACGGCCCUUGAAAUUGAAACGAAAGCGAACCGUGUCCUUAAUGUAAUAAACGAAUGGGGAAAAGAAAAUAAACUUAAAUUUGCACCACAUAAAACUUGUGCCCUCCUCUCCACGAGGAGGCUGAAAUAUGACGUGCCGCGGCUCGCUAUGGGAAGUGUGGAAAUUAAAUAUUUUUCUCAAAUGAAGAUUUUAGGCCUAACGAUCGACAGCGGCCUCACUUUUAACGCCCACGUCGGGACGGUAUGCCAAAAGGCAAUCGCCCGAUAUAAACUCUUGGCUAGGGCAGCCAGAGUUGGUUGGGGACUUAGCCCAGAUAUUAUAAAAACUAUUUAUGUAGCUGUUAUCGAACCGACUAUUAUGUAUGCAUCGGCAGCGUGGGCACCCACCGUGGAAAAGAUGGGGGUCCAAAAAAGGCUGAACACCGUACAACGGGGGUUCGCCCAAAAGAUCUGCCGAGCAUAUCGGACCGUCUCCCUGAACUCAGCUAUGCUGUUGGCGGGGAUACUCCCCCUUGACCUCAGAAUACUCGAAGUCUCGAGAUUAUAUGGGAUCAAGAAGGGGGUGUCGCACCCAGCGUUGGGAGACAGGGAGGUGGAAAGAAUGGCUCCGGCGAUUGAGGACCCACAUCCGGCAGAGCAGGAAGGGCUGGGGUUCGGGCUGGUGGACGAGGACUCGUAUUCCGACGUGGCUAAUAGCCACGUACAUAGGAUCUACACGGACGGCAGCAAGAUUGAGGGUCGAGUCGGAGCCGCCCUUUCCGUAUGGGAGGGGGAGGCCGAGACGAAGGCCGUCAAGCUUGCUUUGCCGCCGUAUUGCACCGUCUACCAGGCCGAACUCCUAGCGCUCCAAAGAGCAGUAAUUAGAGCCUGCAAGAGUGGAGUGUCGAAGGUCGGCAUCUUCAGCGACUCCAGAUCGGCCCUCCAGGCAGUCACACUCGGUUCCCCCCACCCCCUUGCUGUGCAAACAAGGGCGGCCCUCCGAAAAGCUGCUUUGCAGAGGCGGGAGGUCGCUCUGUUUUGGAUCAAGGCGCACGCAGGGCUAAGGGGGAACGAAAGAUUGGACCAGUUAGCCAAGGAGGCCGCUCUGGGGUCGAAGAGGAAACCCGACUACGAUCUGUGUCCUGUUUCAUUCGUCAAACGUAUCUUGAGACAGGAUACGAUUGACGAAUGGGACAGGAGAUACGAUGUGGGGGAGACGGCUGGAGGCACGAAGCUCUUUUUCCCAAGCGCUGCUGCUGCAUACAAAAUAGUACGGAAAAUAGACAUCACACACCACACCACACAAGUACUGACUGGACACGGUGGAUCCGCCUUCUACUUGAACAGAUUCAAGCUGAAAGAGAAUCCAUCGUGCCUGUGUCAGCCCGGAGUCGACGAGACGGUUUCUCACCUGUUGCUCGAGUGUCCGAUUUUUGCAAGAGAUAGAUAUGUUAUUGAGCAAAAAUUGGGCAUCGUGAUGACGGGUGAGAAUCUGCCUGCGGCCCUGGGGGACAAAAUGAGGAAUGAAUUCCUGGGAUAUUGUAAGUACAUUGUUGGGGUGGUAAACAAACGAAACUGUGAUAAGCUGUGAUGUUAGGGUUAAGUUUUAUUGUUGUGCCGUACUGUUUCAAUUGUAUUUUUAUUGUAAUGUUUUU